AAAUACUUCAUGCUAUAAUUUACGCAAUUUUAAUUUGUUAAAUCUUUAAAAUAUUUCGCUUUUCCAAAAUAACAUCACGAUGUACGUUCUGCUUUAUCGAAGUUCAAAUUCAUUUUUUUCACUAGAUGCUGUUAAUAGUGUAUUAGGCAAUUAAAAUUUGUCCAAUCUACCCACAGCAGAAUGAACUGUGCUGUGGAGCCUGAUCUUGAGAGAGAUGAACUACAAAUAGAUGUAUCCGUAUCUGGAGAAUCUGUCGUGUCCUUUCAAGAUGGACAAGAAGUUCAGUUGGAUGAUGGAAGCACAGCUUUAAUAUUUCAUCAAGCAAAAGAUUCAUAUCCUUUAGAGCUUGGACAACCAAUUCAACUCGAAAAUGGUUCGACAGCCUAUUUGUAUCACACGAAAGCAAACACAGUGAAUGAUGUGGAGCAAACUUCAGAGGAAAACAAAACUGAAGGAGAAGAAGAAGUUGACAUGCAACUUACUGAUGUUAGCUGGGUCUCAUCAAGUAGCACAGAAUCUAAGGUAUUCAAGUGCGACUUCGGUACCUGCAACAAAGUAUAUACCACUGCUCACCAUUUAAAAGUUCAUAAGAGAGUCCACACUGGUGAGAAGCCAUACAAAUGCAAUUGGAAAAACUGUGAAAAAGUUUUUAUGACAAGUUACUCUCUAAAGUCACACCAUAGAGUGCACACUGGAGAGAAGCCAUACCCAUGCCCUCACACUUCGUGCUCCAAAGCUUUCAAAACUGCUGGUGAUCUUCAGAAACAUAUUCGCACACAUACUGGUGAGAAGCCGUUCAAAUGUCCAUUCGAAGGAUGUGAAAAGGCAUUCACAACAUCAAAUAUUUGUAAAGUUCACAUCCGAACUCACACUGGUGAACGACCUUAUACUUGCCCUUACGAAGAUUGUAAGAAAUCAUUCUCCAACAUCACCAACUAUAGAAAUCAUACACGAAUCCACACAGGUGAGAAACCAUAUGUUUGCGCUGUGGGAAACUGCAAGAAACAAUUCACUGAAUAUUCUUCACUUUAUAAACAUCAGAUUGUUCAUUCGAUCGCGAAACCUUAUGCUUGUCACUACUGUGGUAAAUUGUACAGACAAACCAGCACACUUGUCAUUCAUAAACGUAAAGUACACAAAGAUGACUCCGGUGUUACUGAGGAAGAUUUCGUGCAAAUUCCAAACAACAUUGGAAAAGAAGGUUCGGCAAAAAGUUAUGAAAACACAAGAAUGGAUCAUAUGCAUAGCAUGAACAAUGCUAAUAACAAAGUAGAAUCGCCGGUUGCAUCAGUGGUUGUUCUUCCAAUGAACAAUACACAGAAUCCCGUCAUAAUAAACCCAUCAACACCAACCCAGUCACAGUUACCAACUUCCAUUACAACGAUGUCAUCGAAUAAUACCAACCGUGACCAGCAACUAGUUGUCACUUUGAAUGAUAACGUGACACUUGCUACUGCAGCUUCGGACAAAGUAACGAAUCAGUUUUUACAGGAUUUUGCUUCAAAUAAAAAGGACGAAGGGGAGCUUUUCAUAAGUGAAGACCCCGAUAAUGUAGCUGUGGAUAUUUCAUCUAAUGCUGGGAUAUCUGAAGCUGCAACAAGUUCAUUUAACUCGGAUAUUUGGGUCAAUUAUUCAACUGAAAAUCAAGAUAUAAAUAAACAGGUUGAAGAAGACCAGUAUUCAGUGGCAACAUUAGUGAUCGAUGGUACAAACUACCUCGUGCAAGUUGUAAAUGAACCUGACCAAUCACAAUGCUCCGUUGAUCAGGAAAGCAUAGUAAAUGCUCUCACGUCAUCAGUGCUCACUACACCACUUGGUGGCAGCAAAGGUCCAGAUGUAGAACUCCCUCUUGUGGGCAACUUAAUCUUGCACACGCAACCCUCCGGCGAAAUUUCGACUGGAAAUGAUAUUUCUAUCGACUUGAACUCUAGCACCACCUCGUGUGCAACAGGCAGUCGUUUAAUCUCGGACAUGAUACAGGAUGUUUCACAAAUAAAUUCACAAUGCGAUGUGAACUUCCAACAAGCCACCACCACGUUCUUGUGCAAUCAACCAACCAACCCUAUAUUAACUUUUACAAAUCAGAAUUCUGUGACAUCAUCAAUGUUAACGACUCCAGUAACAACAGACCAACAAAUCAAGUUAGAUACUGACAAGAGUUAUUCCAAAGUUGUGAAAAAGAGAGGUUUACAUGCCAAAGGUCAAAGACUUCCCUCUUCAACAUCAAAAUCGAAGAUCACGGUUAAACUACCAAUUUCUAGUUCAUCUCGGCAGCGCCAUCAUGUGACUCAAUAAUUAUAAUAGCUGAAUAUAAUGACUUACUGAUCGUGAAUACACAUCAAUUUUCCUCGUC